GUAACGGAGGGAGUAGAACAACAUGCUCCAUAGAUUUCAUCUGUUGUGUUGCUGCCGAAACCAAAGCCAAGGGUCACCGGAUCCAUCGCCAAAUCAGAGUCCCACCACCUGAGUACAUGGACGUCGGAAUCAAUUCAUAGGCGGACCUAGGGUCGGAACCCUAGGCCGGCUUCUCUACUCUCUGCUCUGUCGUGCUCUGUAUCAUCAAUGUUUCUGAUCGAUUUUGCUUCUUUUGUUGACGAGAAAUCCCAGCUUUAGUCUUCAAUUUGGAUUAGGAUUGAGAAUUGGAGUUUGAUUUUAGGAAAUCUUCUUCCUCUGUUUCUCUUUUUAAUCCUUCUGACCGAAGCACCUAAGAUAAUCUGAAAGGCGUCCUCCAUUCGCCGCUGAGGGCCCUCAGCCACAGCCGCUCCGCCGCUCUCACUCGGGUCCUCCUUUCCGCCACUACGCUGGGCACCCCUUCGUCUUCUUUCAUCAAUGCAUAGAGAACCAUAUUAGGAAGCCGUUCUACUUUACAAGGAGGAAGAUGAUGUUAUUGAAGUUGAGGCCUUGCCUCUUUAAUAUUCCACAACACAGCUCACUCUUCAACUCCCGAUUCCCUCCCAAAGCUCGUCCAUAUUCUGUCUCAUUUAUAACCCCUUUAUCUCGCCAUGUUGCCACAUUCAAGACCUCUAAAGCUUCACCACAACCUGAAACUGUCAGUUUUUCCCCAAAUGCCAUAUUUGUUCCACCCGGGGUUAACAUAGAAGAUAUUACUGACGAAAUGAUCGUACCCAGAUCUAAUAUUGUCAUUGGACCAUAUGCUGGAGACUCCAAGAUCAACAAUGUGGAGUUUGUAAAGAGCAGCAACCGGGUGAAGGACUGUCCUAAGGAAAACCGGCCCGAGUUUGCCAUGUUGGGCCGGUCAAAUGUCGGCAAAUCAUCUCUCAUUAAUGCUUUGGUUCGAAAGAAAGAGGUUGCACUUACCUCUAAGAAGCCAGGGAAGACUCAGCUGAUUAAUCACUUCUUAGUGAACAAAAGUUGGUAUAUCGUGGAUUUGCCGGGCUACGGUUUUGCAAAUGCAUCCGAAUCUGCUAAAAUGGAUUGGUCCUCUUUCACCAAAGGCUACUUCUUAAACCGAGAAACUUUGGUUUCAGUUCUGCUUUUGGUCGAUGCAAGUGUACCUCCUCAGAAGAUUGACCUUGACUGUGCUAAUUGGCUUGGCCGUAAUAAUAUACCAAUGACUUUUGUCUUCACCAAGUGUGACAAGAUUAAGGGAGGAAAAGCAAGACUGCCCCAUGAGAACAUCAGAGAGUUUCAAGAGUUGCUAAAACAAAACUACAGACAGAUCCCACCAUGGAUAAUGACCAGCAGUGUCUCCGGGUUGGGAAGGGAUGAACUUCUUUUGCACAUGUCCCAAUUGAGGAACUAUUGGGACAGUGAACUCACAGACUAAGGCUGUUUUGUUACAUCUAAAGAAGCAUUCUCCGGAUUCGGAGGACCAAAAUUGCCAAGGAUGAUAUAUACUCCUUGAAACAGAACCAGGUUUGCCAAGCUAAGGGUGUCCACGUAUGGGACUAAUAUUGCAGUUUAUCAUUAUUAAAUUUUAAUCAUAAAAUCCAAAAAAAAAUCCAAUUGAAAUA